AUGCUUCUCGGUCUCCAGCACAUCCAAGCCUGCUCAAUCCUUCAUUUAGACUUAAAACCGGAGAACAUAAUGAUGGUCGCCCCGACAGGGUAUCAGUUAAAGAUUAUUGACUUCGGCCUAGCCUAUUUCUACGAUCCAAAACGCCCAAGACGUCAGAUGGCUGGAACAUACACCUACUCUGCUCCAGAAACUAUCAAUUACGAAAUGCAGAGUUUCGCAACCGACAUUUGGAGUGUAGCUGUAAUCGGUUAUGAGUUGCUCUCUGGUAUUACUCCAUUUGAAUGUCCUCCGCCGGAAACCCCAGAUAAAGAACUGACAAUGCCUGAAAUAACUACAAAUAUCAUCAACUGCAGGUACAAUUUCGAUGAUGACGGAAUCUGUGAUGCUUCUGAGAAGGCCAAAGAUUUUAUUCGAAUGAUCCUCAAAAAGAAUCCCAAGUGA